AUGAACCUUAACCAGUUUUACGGGUUACGAAGAGGGACUGAACAGCUGAGGGAGCUCCAGAUUGCUAAAGAAAGGUGGGUGAACAAUGUUUCCGAUUCAGCCUUGAAAUCUCGAAAAGGCGGCAAAACACAUUCGUUGGACGAAUACGAAGAUUACGAAUUGAUGGAUCGAGGUCGACUUCCGGACGAAGAGGACGCGGAUUUGUUCCGAGUUCCGGAUACCGCAGGUGGAGCCGGUUUUGUACCAUCCGGUUCUACUGACAGAUGGCUCGAUGGCACAAAGUACCGAGUUGGGGACUGCCUCCCAUACCGUGGUGAAGCAUGCCGACAAUUUUUAAGUGGGCGAAGUGUUAUGAUGACAAGUGAGAGUCGAGAAGAUAUGUAUGACAUUGAUAGGAAUCUCCGAGCUGCUAUGAUGUUCAUCAACGGUGCCCCGACGAUCUCACAACAAUGCCGACAGAUCUCUACAAAUGUCGCCUGCUUUCAUAUGUAUAAAGUAUGCGAUCCUAGGUCUCCAGCAGAAAGUCGAAGGGUGCUAACCGUCUGUAAAAAGGACUGUGACGAGAUUCAGAAUCGCUUGUGUCCAUCAGAAUUGGCAUUAGCGGCUCAACACGAACUUGUUGGUGACGGUCCAAAAGCGCUCUUCCCCCAAUGCUCGGCACUUUCGUCGUCAUCCACUAAUUGUAUUGGUGUACUUGACGCUCCAACUCCUGUGAUGCCUAUCGAGCCUGAGAUUCCACGUGGUCAUCUGACACAUUUCUGUUAUGUGGACAGUGGAAAACACUACGAAGGUGCAGCAUCGACUACGGUAACUGGAAAGACGUGCAUGAACUGGAACGAUGCUCCGUCAAGGGAAUACAACGUCGCCAGGUAUCCAGAGCUUCUUUAUGCUAAAAAUUACUGCCGAAACCCCGGUGGGAAGAAGACGAAGCCUUGGUGUUACUCCCAACCAUUGGGUCAAGAGGAGUACUGUGAUGUGAGUCUUUGUACCCAGCUUAUUACUCCGUGGUAUCGAAGUCAAAAAAUUGUUCGAGAACUUCUUGGUAGCCCUAGCUGCAUGCCCAUACUUAGUGCUGACCCAUUCCAGAUUCCCCAAUGCUCUAGAGAUCUUUUCCCUCAUUUGGCCGAUAGCAACACGAACACGGGUAAUAAUAAUGGAAGUUUGGGCGAUUCACUGACUUCCAUGUGGGAGAAUCUUGCUCCCCACUGGCAAUUGGCUGUCGUUGGAGGAGGCGUUUUGUCACUUUUGCUUCUAAUGCUCUUGUUCUGCUGUAUUUGUUGCUGUAGAACACGGAAAAAGAAUGGCACAAAGAGUAGAGGAGGAACUUCUGCUGCUCAUUCCCUUCUACCUGCAACCAAUCCUCCAUCCGUGGUGAACAGUGCUGCAAAUUCUGCCUAUUAUCAACGAAAGAUGAAUGGAACCUCUACACCGAUCAUGGCCCGUGGUGGGAUUGGUAGUGGUCCCAUGGAAAUGGCUUCUCUUCUACCUUCCCAUGCCGUUCCACCACCUUAUGGCGAACCUUUUCACGUGCCACAUGAUCCUCACGCUGAUGAACCAUAUCAUAUCCUGGAGAUUCCUGCAAACCAGAUCAAAGUUGGCGAUCUUCUCGGAGAGGGCCAGUUCGGAGUGGUGUACAAAGGAUUUUGGACUGGCGGUCUGAUCAACGGCGAUCCCCUUCAAGUGGCCAUCAAAUCGGUUCGUGCCGAUGCGACUAAUGCUGAUCGGGCGAGUCUCGAAGAGGAAGUGAGGACUGUAGCAUCGUUCGAUCACCCCCACGUCAUUCGAUUACUCGGUGUCGCCUAUCUCAAUGGCCGCUUAUCAGCUGUCUUUGAAUACAUGGUGAACGGCGAUCUUCACGAAUUCCUCCGAAUACGUGCACCAUCCCAUCCGGAUCACAAUCCAGCCGAUGACAGUAACGACUUUAUGAGUAUCGCCACCCAGAUUGCCUACGGAAUGGAGUAUCUGGCAUCAAUGGCAUUCGUUCAUCGUGAUCUUGCUUCAAGAAAUUGCCUGGUUGGCGAUCAGCGAAUCAUCAAAAUCGCAGAUUUCGGUCUAAUGCGAUCAUGUUACGAUUGUGAUUACUACAAGAUGGUUCAUCGAUCGUGGAUGCCAGUACGAUGGAUGGCGAAGGAGGCACUUGAGCAAGGACGAUUCAGCGAAGCGUCCGAUGUGUGGUCGUUUGGUGUCACCUUGUGGGAAAUAUGGAGUUACGGUCGUCAGCCGUAUGGCUCAGCCUCCAAUCAGACUGUAAUUGAACUGAUCGCUAAUCGACAUCUUCUCGAAUGCCCACAGAACUGUCCAACCAACAUCUAUGGCUUGAUGAUCGAGUGUUGGAAUGCAAAUCCGGAACGUCGACCUACGUUUUCGGAAAUUCACAGUCGUCUCCAGUCAUGGUCUGUUGUCAGUCCAGCUCAUUCGAUCUUACAGCAGCACAAUCAAAGGACGAGCGGCAGUUCUCAAAGUGGUGAGUUCUUCAAUUCAGAAUCUUCCCUGCUGGAACACAUUCAACUGAAAAUAAUAUCAUUUUUCUAG